UGUGCAAGCUGCAGCGAAGGUCGUGCGGAGUACCGGUGCGACGACUGUAACGACCUACAGUUGUACUGCCAGGAGUGUGCCAUAGAGCGGCACCUUUGCAAUCCGUUCCAUCGCUUACAGUGCUGGUCCGGGACGCACUUCCGAAGGACGACGUUGAAGAAAAUAGGCUUCCGCAUUCAGCUUGGCCACCCGCCCGGAGAACGAUGCCGCAACCCGGUCAAGGCGUUUGCGGACGAUUUCAUCGUCCUGGACGUCUCUGGCGUGAACGAGGUCGCCGUCGACUACUGCGGAUGCGAAACGGCGCAAGCCAAAUCGAUCCAGUUGCUUCGCUCCCGGCUUGUCCCAGCAACUGGCGUUGAUCCGAAGACCGCCGCCACAUUCCGUCUAAUGGAGUUCUACCACCUUCUACAUAACCAAUCGAAGGUCUCCGGGUUUGAGUUCUACAACACGCUCACUCGUCGGACCGAUAAUACAGGAACUUGCGAAAUCAAGUCUCGGUACACCAGCUUCAUGCGAAUGGCGCGCAUGUGGUACCACCUCAAGCUCCUCAAGCGAUUUGCCCGUGGCCAUGAUCCACGCGGGGCGAAGGCGACAGCUCCGGGCUCUUGCGCGGUGCUUUGUCCUGCAUGCCCGCAACCCGGUAUCAACCUACCCGCAGACUGGGCUUCAGCUCCCCCGGAACGAAGCUGGCUGUAUCGUCUGUUCGUUGGAAUAGACGCUAACUUCCGGUUGAAACGGAAGAAAGUGUCGUCAGAUUCAGCAGAUCCCGGCUUUAACAAUGGGAUCGCCUAUUUUGUGGAGGAACGCGCGUACAAGGAGCAUUUGGACAAGCACGACAAGCACGACAUUGAGGACACCAGCACGUGCAACAACCAUGACGCGGUCAAGCUCGCGAACAUGCGGGGAAGUCAUGGUACGGCGGCUAGUGGCGUCGCAACGGUCGAGUGCGUUCGGCAUGACAUGAAGCGCCCAUGCUCCGUUGGCGACCUGCAGAAGGGUGAAAGGCAAGUAAUGACUGUAGUGGAUGUAGAUUCCCUGUACUCAUCGUGA